UUGCUAAUCAACUAAUUUCAAUUACACAUACUGCACCUAAGCAAUUCUUUGCACUUUCUUUAAAUGCAUCAAAACUCUACUCUGCUCUAAAGCAUAUUAACAAAUGUUAUCAUAUUCUAACUUUUAGUUUAUCUUCUCUCUCUACAAAAUUCUUUAGUACUACUCUAAAUAAACAUCUUACUAAAGCAACUUCUUUAGCAGAACUUCUAGACUUAACUCUAAACCAACAAUCACUAG